CAUUUCGCCGCGGCCAGUUCGAUAAAAAUCAGUCGUUCGCAGGGGCUGUUUUGGCGUGGUGUCAGUGCUGUGAUUUCGCGCUCAGUUCCGCGGUGAAUUGUCAGUGAUCAGUCUCGGGCGUGGAAUGAUAAAUGGUUGCUACCAGCAGCAUGGUGUAUGAGGAGAUAGUCGGUAUACGGGGCAGCUGACCCCAGCCGCCGCGCACGCUUUUCACGCGCGAGAUGCCCCACAAUUUGAACUCCGCUUCCGUCAACUCCGCCAACACGGGACCGAAUCACCAGGUCUACACCCAACAACCUUAUCACCGACAAAACGGAGAUGGACUCCAGCCUGAGAAAGAGCCGGUGGAGUUCGACACGUCGCAUUUGCGUGGUGCACCGGCCGAGGUCGAGGCACUGGUGCACAACAUCAAAGAAGUUGCGCAACAGUUCCUCUAUCACUGGAGAACAUUUCCUAUUGUCCUGCCGCCGCCAUUAUCCACGUGUACAGAGGGUGAAGACACGCUCGCGAGAAAGAAACACCACUUGAAGGAUUUGUUCGUCGCACCCAGCUUCGACGAAUUGGACUCGGUUGCUGUAGAUAGCAAGGGUGAACCAAGGAGGCUGACCAAGAAGCAGCUGGAAAGCAUCAGCAAAAGAGGCUUUCAGAAGGAGAAGUACGGAAAACCGAAGAAGCUGAAUGCCACUCAAUUGGAGAGCAUUCGAAGAUGCGGGGAAUUUGAGGUGGAUUCGAUCAAUUUCGCUGGACAGACACACCGAUGGAGAUUAAGCGGUCUACUUCAGCGUGGACGAGACAGAAGGCGAGACGCUCUGCUCCGGGAUCUUGCUUUAGCAACUAGAUUCCUCGUAGUUACGGCGAAAGCCAGGCUAGUCUCCCAUUGUUUCAGUGUUUCACAAUCUCUGAGGGCGUUACUGGCAGGGCUGCUACGGCUUCUUGAUAUAAUAAUUGGCGUGCCAUCCCUUCAAGCGCAUAAUUUGGAUGCCAAAAUCAGGGAGGAGCGGUGUCGAUAUUUGGUUGCCGAAUUAGUAUGCAGACCUGAGUAUGAAGACUCCCUGGAGCUUCUAUGUGGUUUCGUGCGGAAACAGCUUCGACGAGCGACGAUGGAGAAAUUCGAGGUGGAGAGAGAAUUGUCGCAGCUACUACCUAUCCCAGUUCCUUUCGUAUUUGGAACGCCUGCUGGAGCAGUUGUCGACCUUAGAUUAUUUAGCAGAGACAUUAUCAGAAAAGCUUUACCGAUCCUAGUUGCUAUUUUGGAGAGAGAGACACGAGGCUGGUUUCUUCAUUUCAGAGAAAGACUGAUAUCUGAGUUGAGAGCGCGGAAAAAACCGGACGAAGAGAUAGAAAGGGAGGUGAACGAAGCUGUUAUGCGCGAAUACUUGCAACGUGUGUUCUCCAAUAUUUUAUCGCAUCCGGAUAUACUUGAUCUUGGUAACGGAAUCGCUCAAUUGUUGGUUCAACAAGCACAAUCGGUCGUAUUAAUGCACCGAGCCGUGAAAACUGUACAACGUAAGCUACUGCAAACGAAAGAGGCACUGAAGCGCCAUAUAGAGAACGAACAUCCAGUUCUGUCGCGAAUAGAACCAUGGAUGCGCGAUAGAAUGAGAGAGGUCGAGGAGAAGUUCAUCGAGGAGUGCGAGUGGAGUGCUCACGAAGAAGCUCUCACACUGUGCACUCAUCAAAAUUUACAGCAAACAGUCUACUUUCUUAAUCGCGAUUUAACUUUUAUGAAAGAGCGUGAGCCAGUGUUGUUAAAAGAGUUGCGCAAAGUCAAAACACCGACAAGGAGCUUCCAAUGGCCAACCCAGAUAUGGCUUCCAAAAAACUGGAUCAUCAGACGCAAUUUUCAAGGCCAGUCUGAGAUCAUACCGACGGUUCUUAGCAACACUCCGACAUCCAUCACGACACCUCGCGCAGAUCCGAGUCAGCCGGUCUUUUUAGUUGAAAGAGAAAUUGUACACACAACUACAACAAGGUGGCCUAUGUGGCGUUGGAUUAACUAUAUAGCCAGGACGUGGUGUUGGACUUGGAAUGCAAUGUUUUUGUUAGGCGUGGCAGUACCGUGGUGUAGUCCAGUCUCCAUACGAGCUUUGCUACUCGUACAACCCUUUACUCCCGAUCUAGAAUUGAGUCAAUUGAAUGGAACCUUGUUUCCCAGAAAGUCAUCUCAAAUGCCUACUCUUUGUUCUCGGUUGAUAGCACUUUGGAGACACAUUAGCAAAAGCCGGACACAUUUUGAAACGGAACCGGACACUGGAUUUAUUGGAAAAGGAAUGACAAGACAUUUAAAUAGAUUAUGGAAUUAUGGUGUGAAAGGUCUCUUAGGAACACUCAUCAUAUUAUUUGUUUUUCCUGUCGUUUGUAUAGUUACGAGUUUAGGAUCACUUCUCAUUGCGCUUACUGCUGUUUUAUGGAUGCCUUUAAUUACUUUAGCGUUGCAUGCAUUCAUGGCUCUCAUCAUGGAUUUGGAUAGCCCAGAACCAAGUAGAAAUCGAUAUUUGGUCAUUAUGGAAGCGUUAGUUUGGAAUAUCGGUAUACAAGGCUGUCUACAACCGAUCGCUGCGUUAAUUGUAGCUCUUAUUUUGUGUCCUAUUAUUUCUUUUGUGAUACUUACAGUUGCUGUGAUACGUUAUUGGAUUAGAGUGGUCUGGGACACGACUAUGUUCCAUUUAGUAAUAAAAAACAGAGGUCGUAUACCUGCCAGUGAUAGCUUUGUGGUUAAAAGAAUAGCUGGACCAGGACUGACUUCUGAUUAUUAUUAUCAAAUUAGGCCUGAGCAAGCUUUAGCUGCGUUCGAAGCAAAACUAGAGCUAGACGAAUUGUUAGCCUUUCAGCAAGAGACAGAACGAUUAAUUACGCAACCUCAGAGGGACUUCACUCAAUUCGUAGAAGCCUGUUUUGGUCCGUUCGCUGCUAGCCUUGCCAAAAUGAAAGACCCGUACAAAUCGUUAGAGAAAGAAGCCAAAGAUCUGAUCGCUGUGUUGCACGAAAAAUUAGACAGGCGUAGAAAAAAUUUGCAGACUGGUCUUGGAAUGGUCGUGAGAAGUAAAAUAAAGCUUACUACCUUCGAUUUGAAGGUGGUAAUACAACAAGGGGCACUUAUGCUGGAACGCCUUUAUCCUAGUCAUGUGUUCGCGAGAUUAUCAGGAAACGAGGAAGAUUUCUGGGAGAACAAAGGUUUAAGCAUCGGUGAUUGGGCUGGUUUAGCUGGCCUUAUGUACGCAGACAUUUUCAGUUUAAAUUUCCUCCAGCCUCUCGACGAUGCAGAUACGAAAUUCAGACUGGAACCGCAUCCGGGAGUCGAUUUGUCGCGUUACACAGACAUGGUUCAUAGCACUGAAAUCGGUGGGACUAACGGGCCGGAUUUGCUUGGUGCAGUUUAUGCACCCCGCGGAAAUAUACAAGUUUAUAGCCCUUAUCUAGAAGUUUCAGCUUUCAAUCCACGAGCCAAACAGACUAGUAACAGCAGAAAGUCUGACAAACGAUGUGAUACUGGAGGACUUUUAACAUCGACGAAAAUCAGAAGACGCACAACGUCUACGAGCGGUGCAACAGAGACACGUUGGCAGCCGUGGAAGCGACAAAUUCGUCCUUACAGUGCAGAAAAAUUGCUCAUUCCGCUUCCCAUUCCGCAUCCGGCACACAUUGCUGUUACUAUUCAUAAUCGCGACUCCGAGAAUCCGAUUCCCCUCGAUUCGGAACUUUGUCAGAAUAUAUUGAAAGCGAUCGAAGAGUCGCCCGGUGAAAUGUCCACUGAGUAUGUUAGCCGUUACAGGGGAGCUGCAGAUUCUAGUUUCGACUCGGUAGCUUCGCAUUCUUCGGUUUCUAUUGAAACUGGUUUGGACAAAGACAAUGAGACACAAGAAACGACGAACAUCGAUAAGGAAGGUGAAACUUAUCACUGGACGCUAUCGAAUUGGGGUGGUGGUAUGACGAGAAGAAGGAACAAUUCUGGAUCUAUAAAAGUUGAUCUUGCAUCUCCAGAAGACGUUACUCUGGACACAGAUACCACCAGAGUGAUGUUCAGUACGUACGGAACAACUGUUUGAACUGAGUUUACUGUUACGCCAGGUAAAUAUACUAUACAUAAUAGGUGCGAGUAGAAACAAAUAAGUGUAACUAUGCAAAUGCCAGUAGAUUUUUUGUUUAUAUUUCCUUUUUUUUUUAAGUUCGCAUUUAUUCGUUUUGGCUUUUAUUACAUUGACCUAGAGAUUAAAUGAAAUUUUUGUUCGUCGAAGGAAUUUUAAUUCAAAUGUUUGAAAUAAACUUUAUCUGAAAAAAGAAAAAAAAACCACAAAUUCGAAAGAUUAUUAUAAAUGCAGUGUUGCACUUGAAAAUAUAAUUCGAGAGCUAAGACUAGGAAAAAUUUUUUUAAUUAGAAUAACGUCUUAUAACUUCAGUAAGCAUCAUUUUAAAAACACAUCGGAAUAUGUGUAAAAAUAUAUAAAAAAUUUCAGAAAUGGUAUAACUACGUGCCUAUCGUAGCACAUUAUCAAAAUCAUUUUAUCUUAAUAUCUCGCGGAACAAGAUCAAACAUAGAUAAAAUAAACGUACAUUACGAGAUAAAUGUUUUGCAGAAUUUACAUUAAUAUAUAUAUAUAUAUACUAUUAUGUACAAUUAUCAGCAUACCAAUAUCAUUUUAACAUCAGCAACUACAUAACAUCAUCUUUUGUGCCUAAUCAGAUGUCUUAUAAGUCCAUGCUCUGAAUUAAUCCUUGAUUAAUUAAUCAGUGGUCACUAUUAAAGAUACUAAUUUCUAUUAAAACUUAAGUGAAUCAUUAUGGUUGAUAUAAUAAUAAGUACAUAGAAUGCGCAUCUGCAAAGUUUGGGAUGUCAUUACAGAUUCAUAAUUUUUAUGUAUACAAAUUAUAAACAGAAUCGAAUAAUUAGAAUGUUAGUGUAUGAAUGGCCAACGCCGUUGAAAAAAAAAUCCUCUUUAAAUCUAUGUUAAAAAAAUUACACAACAUUCUUAUUGAUAUAUUGUAUAUAGGUAGUUAAUUGUAUAAAUAAACUUGUUAAUGUAAUAAUAAUUCAAAUACAUUUUCUUGUUGUUCAUGCUAAAGGCCAUUCAAAGAAAUACAUAAAAGUUUGCUCUCUUUCGAUAUUUACAUAAUUCAUGAAAUAAUAUCAUAGAGUUAUUUCAUUAUAAACUGUUUAUAAAAUUUCAAGCUGCCAGUAUAUCGCGUAAUAAUCUGACAGUAAAACGGUUCAAAACAAUUUACAAUUUAUUUGUACUAUUUCUUCCUAAGUAUAUGCAAGCGCAGAUUGGACAGGUUUGCAUGUUUUUAAUGAAAAUUAUUCAGGCUUAUGAAUUAUUAAUUGGAUCUUAUACAUUAUACAUGACUUUAAUAAUCUAUGUAUUUAUUUUGAACAAAUCUUUUAAUAAUCUUAUUAUAUAUAAAUCUUUUAAUUUAAACUUUUUUAAAAUAUUUUUUAUUAUACUUUUUUUGUUAAUAUCAAUAUUAAUGUGUACAUAAGUUGAUUUUAUUAUAUUUUAUUAAAAACAAAAGAUGAGUAGUAUUCAGCUAUAAUCAUACAUUACAGAAUAUGUAAUUCUUGAUCUUUUAUUGUAUUGAGAGUAUCAAGACAUGUUACAAAAAUAAGAAUUUUCAGUGAUAAGAAAGAAAGAUAUUAUACAAUCUUAACAUUCGAAUGUAUUAAUUAAAAUAUGUAAAUUCGACAUCGCACAAUGUAAAAUGUAUUGACGAUAAUAACACUGCAAUACACUGCAAAAAAUUGUUUACAUUUAGAUUACAACAUUCUAGAACUGCAUCAAAAAGCACAGAAUUUUAAAUAUAUCAUUUUACUAAUAUUCGAACAUAUUUAAAUAUUAUCUGUGUUAAAAAAAAAAGGAAUGCAUUUUACAAAAUACUAAUUGGAACCUUAAAAAAUACUCACUAAAAUCCGAUAAAAAUAUUUAUAAUAGAUAUUUAACUGUAGAUGUCGUAAAUCAUAGAAAUAUUAAGUAAUAACGAUUAUACAAUCUUUUGACCAGUUUUUGUUUGCUGUCAAACUGAAUUAAGUAAUAGUUAAGAGACUAAGCGCUCCAUUUUUAAAAAAAAGAAGGCAUGUUUUUAGAAUUGCCUUGAAAUUUACUAUUAUAAUGCAUAAGUCCAUCCAAAGAAAAACAUCCAAUGAGAAAUACUGUUAUGGUUUUUAAUGACUAUAUACAGUUAAUUAAUAAUUGCAUAAUAUCCAUCCAAGGAGUGCUCAAAAUUAGUAAGAACCUAAGUACGUCUGAUGGCAAACAGAAUAAUGCAAUAUAUAAAAGUAAGAAACCUAUUUUAAUGAAAAUGUACGCGUGUAUGUAAUAUUCUUUGUUGUAAAAAUUGGUACAGAAUAACAUCGAUGGAAAACUUUUUUAAACAUUGCUUUAUUAUAUUAGCUUCAAUUUGUUAUAUAUAUUUAUUCGUUUAUUGCCUAAACAUUAUUUUAUUCUAUUUAAAUAAAACUGUACAACAUAACAAUGAAGCUAGCUAAUUCUCUAGAUCAUAAUUUCUAGAAGAAUUAAUGACAAUUUCUUUUACCAAAUGCACUUUAUUAAUAGCAAUAUAAAACUAAAUUCAUUGUAAAUUAUGAAAAUUUCAAUAUUUCAAAGAAUUUUCCAGAGAUAAGUUCAGAGAAGAAAAUUGGAAUAGAAUACUCAAAUUAUUUCUUAUAAAAACAAAAAAAAAAGAAAAAGAAGAAAUGAGAAAUGUGUAAACAAACGAAAAUCGAUAGUUCGUAUUACAAUAGAUUUAAAAAAUUGUAGGGAAACGUUGUAUCAUGAAUGUAGCAUUAAUCAAACAUGCGUACGUACAAACCAAAUGUGUAUUAUUUUCAUAUAUUGUGAAAGCAUUAUAUUUUUAUCAGUCUAAUAAAUGGUUCACAUUUAGUUUGUGUCUAGGUAUGUUAGUGUACUACAAGACUUUAUUUAAAUAUGUAGUGAACAAGAACGUAAUUGUACAAAGUCAGAUAAGUUAACGAACGAUAAAUUUAAAAAAAAAAAGAAAAAAUAUACAUUUGCAAUAUUAUAUCGGAACCAAUAACGAAACUUGAAAUCGUAACUAGCUGUAAUAAAUUUACAUAGAAAUUUGAAAUUAUAUGUAGAUGGAUUAUAACUAC